UCUGUACCGGCGACUCGUGAUGUCAUCUGAUCACCAAUCUCCGCGCGCGAACGUUUUGACGUCACUAUGACGGCAGCGGCAACCUGACUCUGACCUGUACGAGUUGCAUCGUUUUGCAUGGUGUUACUUGGUGCUGCUUGGUGUUACUUGAUGUUACUUCGUUUUACAUGGUGUCAUUUCCCGUUCUACUUCGUUCUACAUGGUGUCAUUUCCCGUUACAUGGUGUCACUUCGUGUUACAUGGUGUUACUCCGUGUUACCUCUACCUUACACGCUUUGGGUCACUACCCUUCCACUCCAAGGUGCCCCCUAUAUUCCGCCGUGUGAAGGUUUCCCCGAACAUUCCUUGCGCGCUGCUUCUUAUUCUUGUGCUUUGUGAACGCCCCGUUUCUCCACCAUCGCGGCGGGGGGUGAACGUAACCGUCGCGGACAGCAGUGUGACUUCAUUGCAUUAGUGUUACUCAACGAGGGUGCGGUGCCGGACACAAACGAAAGUGAAAUUAGUUUGGGUAGCGUGCGUAGGUGGCCCGGCCCCGGGGGCGGGGCGGGGCGGGGCGGGGCGAACCGGCUUGCGACAGUGACGGGGCCGUUCCGAACCACCCUUUCCGUCGUCUCCCUCUGUCUCGAGGCGGCCGGCGUUGCGGAGCGAGAGAGGCGGACGAGAGGAUCGCGGAGGCGGUCGGCGAGGUUGCAGCGCGGCCCGAGGGCUGGACGCACCCCGCGCAGCGCAGUUAGUGACCGUCCGUGCGGACGCGAACGUCUCAGGUCUCGCUCCAGGAUGUCGUCUACCAUCGCACCGCCGGCUCCGCCCGGGAGCGCCUCGCGCGGCGCCGGGAGGUUGUCGGUGUCGGGGACGCCGACCAUCGGCGAGCUCCUGGACGGCGCGGCCGUGCUCGUGACCGGGGGCACGGGCUUCCUCGGCGGCGUCCUGGUGGAGAAGCUACUGCGGUCAUGCCCCGGCCUGGCGAGGGUGUACCUCCUCGUUCGGCCGAGGGGCGGCAUGGACAUCCACGCUCGCGUCCGGCAGCUGCUCGACAAACCGCUGUUCGCAGGUCACAGCCGCGAGUCCCUGGACCGCGUGCAGCCCGUGGCCGGCGACGUCUCACUGCCGGGACUCGGGCUUUCCGCGGAGGACCGCGCCGACCUGCUGCAGGACGCGCGCGUCGUCUUCCACGCCGCGGCCACCAUCAACUUCAACGCGGCGCUCGCCACGGCCGUCAACAUCAACGUCCUGGGCUCGCGCCGCGUGCUGCAGCUGUGCCAGGAGAUGCGCGCGCUCAGGGCCAUGGUGUACGUGUCGACGGCCUACUGCAACUGCACGCUGCAGGACACGGUGCGCGAGCGCGUGUACCCGUCGGGCCACGACCCGGACAGCAUCAUCGGCAUCGUGCGCGACACAGACCCGGAGGCGCUCCGGGACAUGACGGCCAGCCUGCUCGGCGGCCACCCCAACACCUACUCGUUCACCAAGCAGCUGGCCGAGAACGUCCUGCUGGCGGAGCGGGGCCGCGUCCGCGUCGCCAUCGUCAGACCCUCCAUCGUGAUGGGCACCUGGUCAGCCCCCUUCCCCGGGUGGGUGGACAACGUCAAGUCUGGCUCGUUUGCCUUCAUCGCCGGCGCCAUCAAGGGCGUGUUCAGGGUGGCACUAGCCGAUCCGGACAAGGUCGCCGAUAUGGUGCCCGCCGACCACGUCGCCAACCUCACCAUCGCCGCGGGCUGGGGUGCCGCCGUGGCAGAGGACGUUUCCGACGUGCAGGUGUACCACAUGACCUCGGGCAACAGCAACCCGCUGCUCUGGCGCGAGUACGUCGGUCUCACGGUGCAGAAGUGCCACGAGAAGCCCUGCACGGGCAUGACCUGGUACCCGGACGCCAAGGUGCGCAGCAGCUACCACCGCUGCCUCGUCGUCGCCUACCUCUUCCACCUGUUCCCCGCCAUCUUCGUGGACCUGCUCGCGCGCCUCACAGGGCACAAGCCAGAGCUGUUCGACAUCCAGCGCAAGUACCUGACGGGCAUGCAGCUGGUGCGCAAGUUCACGGGCAGCGAGUGGCGCUUCCGCACCGAGGGCAUGGCCGAGCUGGCCGCCAGGAUGAGCCCCGCCGACCGGGAGGACUUCUACUUCGACCCGGCCAACUACACCUGGUCCGAGUACCUGGAGCGGUGCGUGCUGGGCGUGAGGGAGCACUACCACAAGGAGAAGCUCGACACCCUGCCGCGGGCCACCACACAGCUGCGGAUCUGGAGGUGCGUGCACUGGACUUGCCACGCGCUGCUGUUCGCGGGGCUCGCUGCGGCAGGCUCCGCCCUGGUCGGAUGGCUGCCGGGUCUGAUCGUCGCGGCCGUCUUUGUGCUGCUCUUCAUCUGGGUGUGAUGAAGGCGGAAGUCGUCGUCAUCGGCACCUCUGCGCCACCUGCUCCUCAUCGGCAACGCGCCCCCGAGACUGAAAAAUAAUUUAA